AAUGUACAAGGUUGAGCCAAAACUCUUGGCAUAUGCGUUAUGCAUCCCAAACCGCACACUGAGUUCUCCAGUAUCUUUGUCUCUGACAAGAGUAUAUGAAAUGGCCCAUCUUUGUAAGCCUAUAAAUUGAGUCGAGUUUCCCAGUUGUAUAAUUGUCUCCUCUCGAUAUUAUCCUAUUUCCCACUCACAAUGGUCUCUAUUAAAUUUGUCGCCUCUUCGCUUUUCCUCGCCUCUUCUGCCUUGGCCCACUUCAGAAUCGUAUACCCAGGUGAGAGAAAUGCAACUAACUGGGACACUCAAACCACUGGCCCUUGCGGUGGUGCCAAUAGAGUUGUUGAGCCAAGAUUUCUUUUCAAGCCAGAGGGCUCGCCAUUGGAAUUGACUCAACACCACUCCUUGUCCAUUGGACAGGUUCGCUUCUGUCCUGGCGAGGAUUGUAACACUCAAGAGGAUUUUUCUGUCAUCCUUCUUGAUUCCUUCGAACAAACAGGUGCCGGUAACUUCUGUGUCCCAGCCUUAUCCAUCCCAUACAAGACCGGUACAAACGGUACCAUUCAGGUCACCUAUACGGGCCUGGGUGAGGUUGCUGGCGAAUAUGACAAUAUGUACAACUGUCUUGACAUUACCGUCUCCGACGAGGGCGCGUCAUUCUCCGGUCAAUGUUUCAACUCCUCUUCCUCUGUAAUUUCUCCUAUCAAGCUUGACUCCAAUGUUAUUUCAAACGCCACCAACAUCACCGUGUUGGACAGCUACUUUUCCUCCACCAAGAGUGUGGCUGCUACUGCCUCUGCCAGUUCAUCCUCCCGUGACAUGGCUGGCAUGGAUAUGAGUGGUAUGGAUAUGUCUGGUAUGAGUGGUCAUUCUAUGACCUCCUCCAAAGCCGCCUCUGCCACCUCGAGUGCUUCCAAUACAUCGUCCACCUCGGUUGCUGGGGCCGCUGCCAUCACCGUUGGUUGGACCGGUGCUGUUGCCUUAGUUUUUGCUGCCUUGGCUUAAAUUAUUGUUCCCCUUAACAAAACUAAAGCUGGUAAAAAUACCGUAAGUAAAAUACGCAGGUUCGAAUUCCCAAUAGCUAUGCCACUGUAUCUAGAUAUUACCUGUUUAAUGAUUUCAGUUGAGCCGGUAAGUCCUCUUAGUCAAGAGUCUGGAUCAAAACAGUG